AUAAGCAUUUCUUUUAUUUUCUCUAAAAAAACGCAAAUCUCAUUUCAACAAAGACAAAAGAUAAUAAAUUUAAAGAAAAAGAAAAACUAGCAGUUUCGAGAAGCCCACAUACUAUAUAUAUAAAUGUACGGUGACAAUCAUGAACCCAUCGGUCUAGGAAAAGAUAGCAACUUACCCACAUAACCGCCAGCUUUCAGAUAUAACCCUUUACCUUGGAAAGUGUCAUCAACUUGUUUUCUUGGUUUCUUGAAUUUAGUUUCUUGGGUUGCUUGCUUUCUUUAAGUUGGUUUCUUGUGUCAAUGGCGGUGGAGAUUAGUGACAAAGAUAAAGAAACAACAGAGUUUUUCUUGGAUGGCAGUGAUGAUAACGAUGGUGGAGAUGUAGAAGGGAACAAGAUUGAGAUUGGUGGUAGAAGCAGCAGCAGCAAUAGUACUGGUAGUAGACAUGAUGGUACCUUUUCUUCUCAGCAAUGGCCACAGAGUUUUAGAGAAACAACUGAUUCUUACACAAUCUCGAUGUCACCAAACUUUGGGUUUCUUGGACUUGCACAAAGCUAUCGGUAUUCAAGUCUUGAGAAGUACAGUAGAAGUAUGCUGGAGAAUGAUACAAAGUCUCCAUUACUGCCUGAUCAUGAAAAUAAUUAUCAGCAAGAAGACUCGGAUAAGGUCUCCUCGGCAGCUAGAUUGUCAUUCUCAAAAGGUUCAUUUGCUAGCAGUGAAUUACCCAUUCCUCAUGGAUGUAGCUUCACGCAAACUGUCUUCAACUCGGUUAAUGUUAUGGUUGGAGUUGGGCUUCUUUCUACACCUUCUACAAUGAAACAAGCAGGCUGGGCAAGUUUGAUAGUAUUGGUUGCUUUUGCAUUUGUAUGUUGUUACACAGCUAAUCUUAUGAGACAUUGCUUUGAAAGCAAAGAAGGCAUUGUAACCUAUCCAGAUAUAGGGGAAGCUGCUUUUGGGAAAUAUGGUCGUCUUGCUGUAUCUAUCAUUCUGUACACAGAGUUGUAUUCAUAUUGUGUGGAAUUUAUUACUCUGGAGGGUGACAAUCUAUCCAGGCUAUUUCCUGGAACAUCCUUGGAUUUGGCUGGUUUUCAUCUCGACUCUAUGCGCUUCUUCGGAAUUCUAACUGCUCUUGUUGUUCUACCAACAGUUUGGCUAAGGGAUCUUCGUGUGAUCUCAUACCUUUCAGCUGGUGGGGUUUUAGCAACAAUUUUGAUUAUUCUUUGUGUGCUUUUCCUUGGUACGGCAGGCGGAGUUGGGUUUCAUCACACCAGUCCAGUUGUGAAGUGGAGUGGCAUUCCCUUUGCAAUUGGUGUCUAUGGGUUCUGUUAUUCUGGGCACUCGGUUUUUCCAAAUAUCUACCAAUCAAUGGCUGAUAAAAGAAAUUACACCAAGGCAGCAACAAUAUGCUUUAUGUUGUGUGUUUUACUUUAUGGGAGUGUUGCUGUGAUGGGAUUUCUCAUGUUUGGUGAAGAUACACUAUCUCAGAUAACCUUGAAUAUGCCACGACAUGCCAUCACUUCAAAAGUCGCCUUGUGGACUACUGUGAUCAACCCUCUCACCAAAUAUGCACUCUUGAUGAACCCAUUGGCCAGGAGCAUAGAGGAGAUACUCCCGGCUGGAGUAUCAAAUACUUUGUGGUGCUUCGUCUUUCUAAGAACAGCCCUUGUCUUCUCUUCUGUCUGUGUGGCUUUUCUUUUUCCCUUUUUCGGUCUUGUGAUGGCUUUAAUUGGUUCUGUCCUCUGCCUACUUGUGGCUGUAAUCAUGCCGUCUUUAUGCUUUCUAAAAAUAAAAGGGAAGAGAGCUACAAGGACUCAGAUUGUUCUGAGCAGCACAAUUGCUGCAUCGGGCGUCAUUUGUGCAAUCAUUGGAGCCUACUCAUCCUUGUCAGAAAUUGUGAAGCAGUACUGAAACAUGCAGAUGGUCUAACAUUUCCAAGCAUUCAUGGUGAACUGGAUGUGUUAAUCAUCCCUGCAACAACAAAUGCUUGACUUGGAAAUUUAGGUCUUUGAAUGUAGAAACUGAUUGCUUUUAUGUUCAUAUGUAGCCUUCAAGAAAACUGUAUUCAGCCCACUAAUACCAGAAAGUAUGAACUUGUCAACACAUUGCUACCUCAUAGUUACAGUUUUGCAACAGUAGUUUACAAAAAGUUUUACAUGGGAUUUUUACGCAA